UGCACGCGUUUUCGAAGUUCUUUUUGUGUUAAACCAAUUUGUCCACGGUCCGUUUUUGUUUGACCGAUUCCAGUGAGUGUUCUACAGCAGACAGACAGAGUAUUUGCACAGUAACAAUGGUGGCAAAGACGGUAACAAGUGGCCCACGGCCCCAGGGACAGGCUUACAAAGACAAAAGCAAACCGGCUGACAUCCGCCAGAGCAACAUCAAUGCCGCAAAGGCAAUCGCAGAUGCGAUCCGCACCAGCCUUGGACCACGCGGAAUGGACAAAAUGAUCCAAUCAGGCAACGGCGAAGUGACGAUCACCAACGAUGGAGCCACCAUACUGAAGCAGAUGAAUGUGAUCCAUCCGGCGGCCAAGAUGCUGGUUGAGCUGUCCCGCGCGCAGGACGUGCAAGCCGGUGACGGUACCACCUCGGUCGUCGUUGUGGCAGGAGCCUUGCUGGAAGCAGUGGAGAAACUGCUGGGAAUGGGCAUUCAUCCGACAGCGAUUUCCGAUGCGUUCCAGCGGUGCUCAGCUAAAGCGGUUGAUAUACUGACCGAAAUGUCACGACCGAUUGAACUGAGCGACCGUGAGUCGCUGGUUAAGAGUGCGUCCACUUCGUUAAACUCGAAAGUUGUUUCGCAGCACAGCAGUCAGCUGGCUCCCAUUGCGGUGGAUGCCGUAUUGAAGGUUACUGAACCUGGCCGUGAAAUCGGAGUUGAUCUGAAGAAUAUUAAGAUCAUCCGUAGUCUUGGCGGUACCAUCGAGGAUACGGAAUUGAUCGAUGGUUUGGUGUUCACUCAACGGUCAUGUGGUGUAAAUGGACCCAAGCGAGUUGAAAAGGCAAAGAUCGGAUUGAUUCAGUUCUGUAUUUCGGCCCCGAAGACCGAUAUGGAUCACAGCGUUGUGGUAUCGGACUAUGCUGCAAUGGAUCGCGUACUUAAGGAGGAACGUGCCUACAUUCUGAACAUCGUAAAACAGAUCAAGAAGUCCGGCUGCAACGUUCUGCUGGUUCAGAAAUCUAUUCUUCGUGAUGCUGUCUCGGAUCUUGCACUGCACUUUUUGGACAAAAUCAAGGUGAUGGUUGUAAAGGACAUCGAACGCGAGGAUAUUGAGUUUGUUUGCAAGACGUUGAACUGCCGUCCAAUCGCUUCCCUGGAUCAUUUCCUUCCGGAGCAUUUGGUAAAUGCUGACCUGGUGGAAGAGGUUUCCAGUGGAUCCAGCAAGUUUGUAAAAUUCACCGGUAUCCAGAACAUGGGCAAGACAGUUUCCAUUGUUAUUCGUGGUUCGAACAAACUGGUUUUGGAGGAGGCAGACCGCUCUUUGCAUGAUGCUCUAUGUGUUGUACGUUGUUUGGUUAAAAAUCGAGCUCUAAUUGCUGGCGGCGGCGCUCCGGAGAUCGAAAUGGCUUUGCAGUUGGCAGCUCACGCACAGACGCUUGGUGGUGUCGAUGCAUAUUGCUUCCGCGCGUUUGCCAAUGCUCUGGAAGUGAUCCCAUCGACACUGGCCGAAAACGCUGGACUCAAUCCGAUCGCAACGGUCACUGAACUGCGCAAUCGUCACGCUCAGGGAGAGAAGAACGCGGGCAUUAAUGUGCGCAAGGGUGCGAUCACCGACAUCCUCACGGAGAACGUGGUUCAGCCGUUGUUGGUAUCUACCUCGUCGAUUACGCUAGCUUCGGAAACGGUUAGGUCGAUUCUCAAGAUCGACGAUAUCGUUAACACUAUGCAAUAAGCUAGGUUGCUUCAUAAUUCCUCUCACUCAUCAAUUUAACCAUUAGCGCAGAAGCCUUUUUUCUACAUCGCACCAAACUAAUAUGCUUUCACGUAGCACUUGAACGUUCAUAGCUGUACGACCCUAAUUAACUAAAUAACAAUAAAC